UAGACGUAGCGCGUGAACGACCUUUUGAACUGGACCGACGAUGCAGUCGGAGGCGAAGGCUAAUUCGCUGCUGCAGGAUCGGGAUUCCAAUCCAUGGAGGUACUGUGUUGUGUGCAGUCGUCACCACGAUCAAGGACGCAAGCACAUAUUCACGACAAAACACAAGAACAAGCUCAACGCCAUCCUCAACAAGUUCUCCGAGAAGGUGCGGAGUGCAAGGCAGCAAGUGCAGAAGCCUGGGGUGAUGGAAGGGGAGCUGGAGCCUGACUCCACUCUCUGGUGCUACUUCUGCCAGCUGGAGGUGACACGACACGCCACAGACCGCUUCACUACCGUGGUGUGGGGAGGCCUCCUGGAGCACAUGGCCAGUCCGUCCCACCACAAGAGCACGCGGCGGUUCUGGUGGCUGAAUGGAGCUGACCAGAAACUCCUGCAGAAUUUCCUUCUCUUUGAGGCAGAGUACAGAAGGUACAAGGAACUAGUGGCUGUGACUCUUGAACAACUGGAGACAAGAAGAGAGCUCAAACAGAAAGAAGAAGUGAGGCAGCUACAGGCCAAGGAGGAGUCCCAGGCCCUUGCAGCGAGGGAGCCACCAGCCUCCCGAUCUCCAGUGAGAAUCAGAUAUGUCACUGUCAGGAACAAACACGGAAUCGUACAGAACCCAACUGGAGUACACGAAGGCAGGAGAGUCUGGGGCGGAGGCAUUGUCAAAUACAAGCCUGGUUCAGACCAGCUUCUUCCCUGGUCCAUAGACAGACUCCACGCCAUCGGCAGAAGUGGUAGAGACGGCUCCUCAUCCUCCUCCAUGGCAGGGGGAAAGGUGACAGUGGCAGCUGUAGGAGACACGUCACUGACUGCUAUUCGACCUCCUAGCCUCUCUGUGGGACGAGGCAAUGUACACUCGGGGGCCACUCCACCGUGGCUGAUGCCCGACUCCAGUGGAGACGGUGGCAGUGUCCUGGUUGGCCCUUCUGAAGAAGAGUUUCUCAAACACAAGGAGCAGGGUAAGAGGAAGGGUCGUAAGGGAGUGGUGGGUGCAGACUUUCACCUGAAACUGGCCUCCUCCUCCUCCCAUCAGGAACACGAGUGGUUUCCUUCGUUUGGCCGAGUGUGGAACACUGGACCGCGAUCUCAUUCCCUGGCUGACUUCAAGAGGGAGAGAUCGACAGGUCACAUUGGUCCAAGUCACUACUCAUCCUAUGCCCCACCCUCUUCCUCCUCCUCUCUCUCUCUCCAAUCCCUUGCACCCUGGGACCGACCUGGCCCCUCAGGCCUCCACCAGACGACAUCUGGUGGAGGUCCUGCCACCACAACUGCAGUCUCUAGGACCCUCCUCCCUGUUGGCGUUGCUCCGGAAGAUGUUCAGCCUUACGUGAGGAAGAGGAAGAAGAAAGCCAAACAUCAAGUUCGCUGCCAGAGCGUCUGCUAUCAUCCUGGGGUGAACUGCGGGCCGCAGUGGGGUGUAGGGGGAGGAGGAGGAGGAGGCUGGCUACUGGCGAUGCUGGAGUCUAGAGCCCGUGCCCAGGGAGAUCAGGGAACAGCUGAGCUGCAAGAGCUGGCGUGCGACUGUUGCUGCUCUUUGACUCCGUGCGCUUUUAGUCAGAGUCUCUGCGGCGAGAACGUACGUUACUGUUCGGUCGGGGACUGCUAUGCCCACAUACUAGCGCAUGCAGCAGCAGACGAUUCGCCGAGGACCCCGAAGUACUCGGCCGAAGUUUUGACUGCGUCUCUGGGAGCGCAGAAGGAGCGCAUGCAGCAGGAGAGAGCCGAGCUGCAGGAUAUGAUUGAGGAGCUAAUCAGGAUGAAGAAUGGCAACGCCCAGCCCCCGACUGACACCGACGUCCACCCGCAGCAGAGCGAUGAGGGAUUGGAAGUCGAGGACACUGCCUCUGUCCCGCCUUCUCCUUUCUAG